AUAAAUUCGACAAAAAUAAACAGAAAAAUGUAAUAUAAAAACUUUACGUGCCAAUUAUGUAUAACAUGUUUUAUCUUAUCGUCUAAAGGCAAUAGAUCUAUAUAAAUAAUAGAUAAUAAUAGAUUGUCAAGGAACUAUUGUAAAUAAUCAGUAAGAGUUAUAAGUAAGCUUGACUUUUUAAAAUUGCUUAAGCAUUUCCUUAGUUUUAUAAGGAUGGAAGAUCAAGUUGAGGAAAUUGAGUUAAAGCCAGUGACUGUAAGGCGUACUUUCACUCUGAGGAACAAUGUGGCGCGGCAGGUGGCUGUUAAUUUCAUGCCAUCUAGGCAAAUCCCGUAUGGUACACUACGACUACGCCGCAGCAACUCUGACAGCGAGGCGCUGCUGGCGGGCGGUGCUGAUAGCGACCGGCAGGCUGAUAUCAUCGUGCGCGAAAUGGAGCAGCUGCAGCGUCUCAUGGAGGAUAACCCCGUCUCCGAGGAGCUUAGGAGAGAGGCGCUGCGCGACUUGCCUCAGGGUCUGACGAUGAAGCGUACGGUACGCGCCAAGCUGUCCGCCUCCGUCAGCCUGCGCUCCAAGCACCGCCCCAUCUCAUUCUACAAGCGGCUCAAGUACAGGAUCAGCUUUGCUAUGAAGAAGGGUCGUGAUCGUAUCAGUGAGUUGAUAUUUUCGAUCGAGCCGUGGCACGAGGCGAUCCGGCACGUGGAGGGUCAGUUCGGUUCCGCGGUGGGCUCCUACUUCCAUUUCCUGCGCUGGUUGUUCGCGAUCAAUCUGCUGCUGGCCAUGCUGCUGGUCUGUUUCGUGGUGGUGCCGCAAGUUCUGCAUGAUCAAGAAAAUAAUAAUAAAACUGGGAGUAUGGGUUUUUUAGACUUCGUCAGUGGUAAGGGUGGUUUUGAAGACAGCGUGUUAUUCUACGGGCACUAUCACUGGGGCGACGUGUCCGCGCUGGGCCCGCUUACCUACAACAUGCCCUUCGCCUAUUUCUUCACAAUGUUCUCUCUCUACUUCUUCUUCUUUGCUAUUCUCUGCUAUAGAACGGCGUAUUCGUAUCGACGUAAUUUUAUAGAGAUAGCCGGCGGUCUUAGCAAUGUAUUUGCUACCAAAGUAUUUUGCGGUUGGGAUUUUGGCAUCGUGUCGCAGCACGCGGCCUCUCUCAAUGCUUCCAGUAUCUACAAUGAAUUCAAGGAGUUGCUGAGCGAGCAGAACAAGAAGCAUGUGACGAUGUCAUUGUGCAGGAGAGUGUGUCAGUACAUGGUGAACGUGACGGUGACGCUGUGCGUGCUGGCGCUGGUGGCCGCGCUGCAGUACGGCCUCUGGCAACUCCUGGCUCUCGACACUCAACUACAGCAUUGGGAGAUAUUCGUCUCCUUGAUCAUCACAUUUGUGAUAGCUCUCUGUCCAUUGCUCUUCAAUUUGAUUGUCAGAGUGGAGUACUACAAGGCGCGCACCGCACUGUACGUGACGCUGGCACGCACUGGCUUGCUGGACAUCAGUACACUCACCUUGCUGCUGGUCUACUGGUCGCAAUCCGGCACACCGUGCUGGGAGAGCGCGGUGGGGCGGGAGACGUACCGGCUCGUGCUGCUGGACUCUCUGGUAUCUUUGUUCCUCCUACCGCUUGUUGAGUUCGCUAGAGGUUUCAUUUUUAAGAUGAGCAGCAGCAGCAGCAGCAGCAGUACGGGGCCGGAGUUCAACCUGUCGUAUAAUUCUCUGACGCUGGUGUACAACCAGGGCGUGGUGUGGGUGGGCGCGGCGUGGUGCCCGCUGCUGCCCGCCGCGCUCGCGCUCAAGUUCCUGCUGCUCUUCUACGUGAAGCGGGAGUGCGCCCUGCGCGCCUGUCAGCCCGCCAGGAAGGUGUGGCGCGCUGCGCAGACGCAGACAGUGCUGUACAUGCUGGUCACAUUGUCUCUCUUCGUCACACUCUUCGCCAUCGGCAGCCUCUUUCUGCGCGGGUCAUCAGAAUGGUGCGGACCAUUGAUGAGGUACAGCGCGGUGUGGGGCGUGGUGAGCGAGGGCGUGCUGCGGCUGCCGGACCGCCCCGUGCUGCACGCACUCCUCGCCUUCCUCACAAGACCCGGCGUCAUCGCUUUCCUCUUCCUCUCUCUCUGCGUGGCGACGUACUUGAUGCGUGCGCGUGCGCGUGCGCAGCGCUCCAUGGUGGGCAUCCUGCGGCGCAUGCUGGUGCUGCAGGCCAAGGACAAGGACUUCCUGCUCGCCGCUAUAGACAAGGUCUCCAAUGGAGAAUGGCUGUACAAUCCUCGCGAGGAGGAUCAAUCGGCGGACAGCCACACGCUGAAGUACCUGCAGGAGGUCCGCAAGCCCUCCAACGCGGCGUACCACUUCGACGUCACCCGCCUCAACCACUCGGAGCCCCGCCCACAUCGCGCGGAGACACGCCCACAUCGUCCUCACUCCCACCACGUGGCCACACGCAGGACCAGCGAGGAUGGCGACACUGACAGCUCCUUCAGCUGGCAGGGAUCCGCCACCUGCUUGAACAACACUAACGACGAUAAAUUACAGUAGCAGCAAGAGUUACGACAGACGAUGACCGAGUGGUGGGGGCAAACUUGUCAUUUUUUUAUUUCAAAUACUAUAUCGAAAUGUCCAAUUUUUAUUGAUUUAUUACUUUACAAGUUAUCUAUCUUUUAUAGGCUGCUGAAAUCCUAGUAUUUACGAUGUCUCUAAGCGGGGGAGGGGGGGUGCAGGUCCAGAUCAGUGGUUUCUUCAAAGUAUAAUGUAUUCCGACGCGACUAAAAUAAAAUUUACGUAUUCGGGACCUACUGGUUGGGAAAUUAAAAUAUAUUUCAUUUGAAUUUAAACGACAAAUA